GCGGUAGAAAGCCUCGUGUUCGGCUGAGAAAGUUUGUGGGCUUAACGGGAACCAUGUGUGCGUGUGGCUCGAGCUAACGGUGGCUAACGCUGGAUAUAGGUCUCUGCUGACUGAGCAGUUUGUUUUAUUCAUACGUGCGAGGCCUCGAAGAAGGAUCUACCCCCUGCAGUGGUUAAUGGCACGGCAGUGUGGGAUGGUGGUGCUGUCACAACCAGAAGGCUCAUUCAGUCUCAGACAAGCCUGUUGGACCAGUGGCUCAGCCCGAGCAGUGGGACGACGGGAGAAGCGAAAGAAAGGAUGAAAGAACCAAGCCCAGAAAAGGAAGAGGAUACAGGGCCUGAAGCAGAUAAGGAACAGCUGCUGGCUUUCCUGCACAGAGACAAAGAGAAUGAGGCUCCGUCAGAGAUGAGCGAAGCGCGACCUGCAGCAGAGGAGAAAGAAGCCGAGAUCAGUAAUGGACCCCAAGAAGAAGGUCCUAAGGAAGAGGACACAAACAUGACAAAUCACCAUGAGAUGUUGCAUAUGAUGCAAAGCACAGACGAUGGACUAAUUUGUCCAACUGAGGACACUAAUCCAGAGAGAGAACUUGGGGCCCAAUUAGAGUGCCUACAAAUGGGGGACAGUGCUAAAGUUGCCACCUGUCCAGUGCUAAAAAAUGACGAGAUACCAAACCCAGAAGACUCAGUCACUCCAGCUGAGCCCAGCAUACAAGAAAGCAGCGGUCAAGUACAGGAACAACUACAGAUACGAAGUGUGGAAGAGUCAAGAACUCCAGCUAAGGCUCCAAUCGAACUAACAGAAUGCUGGGAUGAAUAUAUCUCUAUCUCUGCCGAUGAGAUGCAUGGUGGGGAAAGCUCUGAGCUGUUAUUUACCUCCCUUCUCUCGAACAGUCAAAUCCACCUCGACCUCAGCAGGGAUACUCAAACAGGAUGGCACUUUCCUGCAGGGCCUGGCCUGACAGAAGAAGUGCUGUGCCCGCCGUGGCAAUUUCCUGCAAUGAGCUAUUAUCCUCCAAUAGAGCCGGCAGUGCCCUUUGAAGUAACGUGGAGAGUGUGGGAAGACGUGGAUGAGAGUGCCUCUGCAGCAGAGCCUGCCCUGGUACCCAUCCCGUUCUCAAAGGCCUCGAUGGACUUCACUGUUAUGUCCUACAACAUCCUUGCGGAUGACUUGCUGGAGGCCAACCAGGACCUGUACACACACUGCCCCCUGGAGGUGCUGGAUUGGAGCUACCGCUGCAGCCUGCUGCUGGAGGAAAUACUGAAAUGGUCACCAGAUAUUCUGUGUCUCCAAGAGGUUCAGGAGAACCACUACCAUGAACAGCUGUGUCCAGUCCUGUCUCAGAUGGGCUACACCUGUGUGUACAAGCGCCGUACGGGAACCAAAGCAGACGGCUGUGCCACCUGCUAUCGCAGUAGUCGCUUCUCGGAGGUAUCCGUCACACCGCUGGAGUUCUUCAGGCCUGACACGGAGCUGCUGGACCGGCACAACGUGGGCAUUAUUGUGUUGCUUCGGCCAGCAGUCACUCGGGGGUCAGAGAUCAAGACGAUGGGCCCACCCCUCUGCGUGGCCAACACCCACCUACUCUUUAACCCCAGGAGGGGCGAUGUGAAGCUGGCUCAGCUGGCCAUACUGCUGGCAGAAAUUGACAAAGUGGUCAAGUCCUGUAAGGCCAGAGGCGAGCACUGUAACCUCAUAAUGUGUGGGGAUUUCAACUCGCUCCCCUACACACCUCUGUACCAGCUGAUCACCACCGGGGAGCUCUACUACCAGGGUCUACCAGCGUGGAUGGUAUCAGGUCAAGAGGACCUGUCAGACAAAGCCUACUGUCAGAGGCUGUUUGCUCCCCUGUGGCCCAGCUGUCUGGAAAUCACUGACAACUGCCAGUACACAGCUGUCAAGGAGGAAAUGAAGAGCCCGAGUCAGAAACGAGGGAAGUUUCAGUACAGGCAUGACUUUAUGCAUCAGCUGCGCUUCUGUCCAGCCGCAUGUGUCCGUCCAAAGGACUUGGAGCUGAUUCCAGGCGUGACUGACAGCACACCAGAUGCCUCAAAGGGAAAUCAGACUUAUGAUAAAAGGUUCAGACACACUGUCACUCAUCGUUUAGACCUGGAGUCGGUCUACAAACACAUUCUUCCAGGCUCUGGCAAUCCAGAGGUCACAACCCUGCACGCUGAAGCCGGUGCCACCGUCGACUACAUCUUCUACACCCCAAGACGCAUCUCACCCGCUACCGAUAAAGGUGAUGGUGACUUGGAGCGUGAGGGUCUGAAGCUGAUUGGUUCCCUCUCCCUCCUGUCAGAGGAUGUCUUGUGGUCAAUGGGGGGCCUUCCCAAUCACAUAUUCCCCUCCGACCAUCUGAGUCUUCUGGCCAAAUUCCAGCUGGAACUGAAUGUCCCGUGAUGGAAAAGACUGGUUGAACUGAAAGAAAUGUCAGAAAGUAAGCACCUUUCUGUUCAAGUGAUUCAGGUACAAAUCUGUACACAUUUGUUUUUUCUUAGUGUGAAUACCAGUAGGUGGGGUUCACAGGAUCAUAGUUUUCUUAUGUAUUAUAGUCAGUCCUGUUCCACGUGUUUUUAUGAUGGAGAGUUAUGGUGACGUAAUAGUUCAUUUAAAAAAAUAAAAUAAAAAACGGAGGCAGCGAUUGCUUUGACUCUUGCUGGUGUGACGACACACCGACCUGUUCAUUUUGCUGUUUUAUUUUAAAGUUUCAAAUGAGGAAUACAUUUGAAUGAUUUCCAACUACAUUUCUGAGUCAGUUCUAUUUUUUCAGAUGGUAAAAAUAUUGAAUAAAUAUUUAAUUCAUGUGUG